AUGGCCUUCAGCUUUGGAGCGUCUGCGGCCAGGCCUACCCUGAACUUGUCAGGUCUCGGCAACAAUGCCAACACAACAAGCCAGGCACCUUCGCUUUUUAACCAAUCGGUAGCCCAGCCAGCUGCCAAUCCUACGACAAGUGCCACGCAAGGUGUCUCAUCCCAAGCGCAGAUCGAUCUUACACACCUCCGGUCGACCACAAAAUUCGAUCAGUUGACCCCAGCUUUGCAGAAAGAGAUUGAAGAUGUUGAUACCAUGAUACUGAAUCAAAUCAAAUUGGCCUCAGAAGUCUCCGAUCUUUUACCAACGGUGAUCGCCGCGGGCAAGACAAUUCCCAGUGGUGUAGAGUUUGUGACACAGAAGCUUGACGAGGUAGAAGCAGGACUAGGUAACGACGCGGAAGCCAUCGUUUCCGCGCGUGAUGGAAACCUGAAAAAGGGCGAAUUGGAGGCCAAAUGCGUCUUUCGAGCAAUCGAUCGGUUGAAAAUGCCCAGACAAUACCAGGUUAGCCAUACUCUAAUUGAGAACUUUAGCGGCAACGGUGUCUACGGUGGAUCUGGCCUGAACGGUUGGUGGAACAAUCCUCAGACGUUGAAAGGCAGUGUUCGUGGUGGAAGCCUGAGAGGAGACACGAUCCAAUUGCCGGGCGAAGAUGCCGAAGAAGCCACCCAAGGACCAAAAGGCUUGAUUGAGUUGUUUAAUACACGCGCCGAUGAGAUGCAAGGCUCAAUUCAGAGCAACCGUCAACUGCUAGGCGAAAUCGAGGAUUUCAUUCAAGGCCUGGAAGGGAAGGUGAUUGGGAAAGAACGAGAGCUGAACGAGCGACUUAACAAUGGGGAUGGAAACGGAGCCUCUUUCAGUGAGAGGGAUCGGCAGAUCCAGCUAUUGAGGGUUGUGUUUGGAGAAGUCCAAAGAAGUCUGUACGAUGCUGCGGACAAAGUUGGAGCUGCUAGGGAAGAUGUGGCACAACUUGUAUGGGGAAGAUGA